AUGUGGUUGUUUAGCGGCUCUAUCAUUGAAUUACAACCAAAACUGAGAUAUCGUCGAUAUAAUAUGCCCUUGUUUUCUAUAUGGAUUCGAUAUGCAGAGCCACAUCCAGAAGUGUGGUUAAGAAAUUGUAUUGGUAUGAUGAGAGUUAUAAAAAAAGACGGCAUUCAGACAUUUAAUAAUCAACGUGUUGAUAUAAAAUUUCUCUCAAUAACAGGUGAUUACCCGGCUUUGAAAUUAAUAUUGAAUUUUAUCGGACAUGGCGGUUAUUUCUGUUGUUGGUACUGUUAUUUACGUGGUGUACAUGUUAAUAACAAACGACAAUAUUUACAUGCAAACCCGAUUAUUCUUCGUGGUGCAUCUGCAUAUAAAGAAGGAUGUUUAGAAGCUGAAAGAACAAAAAAUAAUGUGUUUGGCCACUUAGGCACAUCAAUUCUUGACGAGAUAAUGGACACUACUUUUCCCGAAGCGAUUGUUACUGACUACCAGCAUGUGACAUUACUGAGGCAUACAAAAACUAUCACUACUUCUGUUUAUCGUCGACUAAAUCCUCAACAACGUCUUACACUAGAUAAAAACUUAAAAAAUCAAUCCUUUCCACAUUUUUUUAAUCGGAAAAUGAGGCUAUUGGUUGAUUUAUCGUAUGUAAAAGCAACUGAAUUUCGAAAUAUCUUAUUUUACGGUCUGGUACCUUUAUUACAUCAUAUAAUGGAUAUUGAUUUUAUGGCACAUUUAGUUUUAUUCGUCUGUUCAAUUCGACUCUACCAUUCUCAGCCGCCGUUAUUUGAUCAACAAACAUCACAAAUAGCUGCUGAACUAUUUGAGCGGUAUUAUGAAGAUCAUGAACAGUAUCACCUGAAUUUACAGAAUUUUGUUUUACAUCUAUAUGUGCAUUACGAAAAGUUAUACCGAAACUAUGGAUCUUCGGCAAAUAUUGGCUGUUUUGCUCAAGAAGACCUAAUAGGGAGCGUCAGUUCUGAUCGUCAUGGCACAAGGUACCAUGGAGAAUUGAUUACAUAUUAUUAUAAUCUAGACUUUACAUUGAACAACAGAGAAUCAGAACGUGCGCCUCAACAACAACAAGUAUAUGAACCGAUUGAUAUGGAUAAAAACUUUGUUCUUAAUCAAUGUCCAGCGUUAUUUGAACAACAUGUACAAUUAUGUAACUGUUCAUAUAUUUUAAAUUGUGUUUUCGUUUAUCGUCGUUGUAUUGUUAGAAAUCGAGUUUAUCAUUCUUUAUUAUAUAAUAAACGGGGAAAUGCCGUGAGCUAUUUUCUGAAACAAAAAUUCAGUGAUUUAUUCAGAGCGUCUGUUUACUUCGAUUGGUUAAAAGCACCCUUAGAUAGCUGUUUUGUCGUUCUUCGUCGUGAACCAUGUACGAAUUUUGAUUGUGUGGAUGUUAAUUUUAUUUUUAAGCAUUAUAUUGUUUUUGAUACUAAUCGGUCUUUGAUUAUAACCGAAGUUUCCGCUUACAAUGAACAUGGACUAAAACGUUUUUUAAACUUUUUUGUUUAUUUAUCCAAAGAGCACAUGCAGGAAUCGGAGAAAAACUAG